CACGCCCCUCGACGCUAGUCUCAAAUGGGACUUUUGUUGCUAUGUUCAACAUCAUCUAUCAAGACGCUCUCGCUACGGUCGCAAAGGGUAGCCAGUUUUGGCUCCCCUCGACCACUAAUGUUUUCUCGAAUUUAUAAAUCCCAUUGUGCUGACAGUGUCCUUCCCUGCUUCCAUCCAUCCUUUCAUGAGCAUCCCUGCGGGCUGUGUCAACCAUGGCGCCUCGCUCCCGACCGGUCGGAUCUGACGACAAAGAAAAUCAGACCGAUGCCAGCUCCGACCUGACCGAAAUCUUUUCAGACAACGGCUCUGAUAGUGACUCCACCAGCGACCUGGAACUUGAUAGUGAGGAUUCGGAUGAUGAAGAUGGAGAUGAAGUCGACGAUGGUAUCUUCGACGAUGAGGGCCAGUUGCCUCGUGAACACUAUUUGGCCCAAGCAGAGAGCUUGAAUGUCUCUCAGCUUCGACAGAAGCGGUACAGCGACGCCACUCAGGAAAGACUCGAUGAGACCCGCAUGUACUGGAAUAGAUAUUGUCGGUAUAUUGGUGUCGACCCGGUACAGCACUGGCAAUGGAUCUCAGGCUUGGAUGAGACGGUCUGUUUCCUGUAUGCAUUUUUUGGCUGGCGGUGUGAUAUCUGUCAUGGCAAGAAUGGAUAGCACUGUCCAGGCAUUGGAUACAAGAGUUUGCUUGAGUCAUUCUGGGAGUGUUGGCAUCUUGUUCUAAAACAGGAGACAGCAUCAGGACUGAGUCAAGACAUAAUUGUCAAGGUGCAAGAUGUCAUUGCCAUUAUUGCCAAAGAGAAGAGCCUUGAGCUCGACAGGCGACCAAAGAAGAACAUGUAUAUUGAAGAUGUUGCUGAGUUUGCACACAUUCUCUUGACUACUACUGAGAUGACAUUUGACUGCGGCUGGCAGCGCAUUCAGAUCCUUUUCUUCUGCCAACUCGCAGCCAUCACUGCAAGCCGUCCAGGGGCACUCCUCUACCUUCGCUAUUGGGAUAUAGCGCUCACUCUGAUCCGAGAUCCAGAAGGCGG